ACCGACAAAAGGGAACGAGUCCAAGAUUAGAUUUGCCCCUGUUUUAUCCCUAUUUAAUAACAAACCAUUUCCUUUGAAUCAUUCAUCCAUUUGUUUUCCAGAUCUUCUCUCCCACUCUCAGAUUUCUCUACCAAUUAUUUCCCGCAGAGAUGGAUACCUUCCUAUUCACAUCGGAAUCUGUCAAUGAAGGUCACCCAGACAAGCUCUGCGACCAAGUCUCAGAUGCCAUCCUUGAUGCUUGUUUAGAGCAAGAUCCCGAGAGCAAGGUUGCAUGUGAGACCUGUACCAAGACAAACAUGGUCAUGGUCUUUGGUGAAAUCACCACCAAGGCUAAGGUCGAUUACGAGAAAAUCGUAAGAGACACUUGCAGAGAAAUCGGUUUCGUCUCAGCUGAUGUCGGACUUGAUUGUGACAGAUGCAAUGUCCUUGUUAACAUCGAGCAACAAAGUCCCGACAUUGCUCAGGGUGUCCACGGUCACCUUACAAAGAAGCCUGAGGAGAUUGGAGCUGGUGAUCAAGGUCACAUGUUCGGAUAUGCCACUGACGAGACUCCUGAAUUGAUGCCCCUAACUCACGUCCUUGCCACCAAGCUCGGAGCCAAGCUCACUGAGGUGAGAAGGAAUGGAACGUGUGCAUGGUUGAGACCCGAUGGAAAGACCCAAGUGACUGUUGAGUACAAGAAUGACAACGGAGCUAUGAUCCCUAUCAGGGUGCACACCGUUCUUAUCUCUACCCAGCACGACGAAACCGUCACAAACGAGGAGAUUGCCAAGGACUUGAAGGAACAUGUUAUCAAACCUGUUAUCCCAGCAAAGUACCUUGACGAUAACACCAUCUUUCACUUGAACCCAUCAGGUCGUUUUGUGAUUGGUGGACCUCAUGGAGAUGCAGGACUCACUGGAAGGAAGAUCAUUAUCGAUACCUACGGUGGUUGGGGUGCCCAUGGUGGAGGUGCAUUCUCCGGCAAGGAUCCAACAAAGGUGGACAGAAGUGGUGCUUACAUUGUCAGGCAGGCUGCCAAGAGUAUAGUGGCAGCAGGGUUAGCCAGACGUUGCAUUGUUCAAGUGUCAUAUGCUAUCGGUGUGCCUGAGCCACUAUCCAUCUUCGUGGACUCUUACAAAACAGGAACUAUCCCUGACAAGGAUAUACUAGCUUUGGUAAAGGAGAACUUCGACUUCAGGCCAGGAAUGAUGUCAAUCAACCUUGACCUCAAGAGAGGAGGAAACUACAGGUUCCAAAAGACUGCAGCUUACGGGCAUUUUGGCCGUGAUGAUCCCGAUUUCACAUGGGAGAUUGUCAAGCCCCUUAAGGCUUAAGUUUCUGGUCGCAGCCUUACUACUUCGCAAAGGGUGGCUUGGUUUGACUUUUGUUUUGUCAUGCUAAGGUAAUAGCCGCGUCUAAAAUUUAUGUGUAAUCUGUAUUAUGGUCACAAACCAUAUAUUUUUUCAAGGCUCCCAUUAGAAAGCCGAGAUACUGUAGCUAGAGCACCUUUGAGGUUCAAGUUGAGGGUAGAAGAAGUAGCGGAUUAUAGGGUGCCUAGCAUUGAAGUUGUCUCAGUUUUCCGAUCUUUAUGUGUGUUUCUGUUUUCUUGUUUUUAGUAAUUUCUUCCUCCAUAGAGUUAUCGGCGUGAGAUUUAUUUGUGUACCCAUACAAACUUGUUUGAUUUGGGGUUUCAAUAUAUUUGGUGUUAUUCAUGAACUGGAUAUGCAAUUUUAAUUUCUUUCCUCCU